AUGCGACAAUCUGCGAAUGUCGCUGCUUCCGUCCUUUUCACAGCGGCUUCAGUCGUCACCCUCCUGUCCUUUCCUUUGGACGCUUCUGCAGCAGCAGAAGCGCCAGCUGAUCUUGCAGCAAUAUCAUCAUCCGCUUCUUUAGUGUCUCUUUCCCCAGGCGCUAUGACGUGGGACAGCCAGCAAACCCUAGCCCUGUCAUACUCAGGACCACUCGCUCGAAUCGCGGAUAUUACAGCUGCGGUUGAAACUGCACCAAAUACUGCCUUUCCUGCUGGCCAAUCAGCAAUUGACAACAUGGCAGCAGCGGGUCCCGUGAUUGACGGAGCGCAGCUUCUGGGCGGCGGGAAACGGGAGGCGAUGAUUCGUCAGCUGGAGAGUCUGGAGAGGGAGUAUGGAUGGCGUAUGCGUGUGCUGACUCGGUAUGCGCCUGAGCAGUUCGAGACAGAGGCCCUACGUGCAGUGUGGCAGGUAAGGGAGGCGGGCCCGACUAGUGGUGGUGGUGGAUAUCACAUCGCCCAGCAUCCUCAACUCACCCUUUAUUCCCACCUAUCUUACCAUCCCGACGACCGCACAGUCGUGGUGGUGGCGGACGUCACAUCACCCAACAUCCUCAACUUCUUUGCAGGAGACACUGUCAGGGAGAAGCUUCCCCGACAGUUCUUCAUCGAGCUACAAUCCCGCUUUGGGAAUCAGUUUUAUGUGGCAGAGCAGGGCGAUACAAGGGCUGUCCAAGACGCCGUUGCCACGCUGCAAACCUGCCUCUUAAAGCCCUCCGGCUGUAACAAUGUGCCCGGCCUAGUAGACGACCUUUACUUCAUCACUCUCUCCACUGCAAUCCUCAGUGGAAUAGUUUUCGGAUUCGCUGCCCGCUUGGAACCUUCCGGAAAGGUGGAAGCCUCUUGGCAGUGGGUGCUACUUUUCUCCCCGCUGUGGCUGCUGCUGCUUGUGGCUUUUUCGUUUCUGCCCAUUACUGCCCGGACGGACGAUUUGGAGCCGUUGUUGAAGAAUGGGGCGGGUUUUCUUGCUGGGGCAGCUGCGAUUUAUUUGACUCCGAUUUUCGGGCAGUCUCCUGUGGCGAAUUGGGGCAAGGGGAAGGAGGAUGGGACUCGAAGCCUCGCCUCUGGCCAUGCUGCGUGGCGCUACCAGGUGGAGGCUCUGGCGUUCACAGGCCUCGCCUCUGGCCAUGCUGCGUGGCGCUACCAGGUGGGGUGUAUGCUCUGGCGGGCACGGGUGUUCCCAAUGGUGGGAGAGACGCUAACUAUCAACCUGAUCCGUCGCUCUUCCUUCCCCUCUCCCCAUUGUCCCCCUCUAUUCCCCUCCCUGCCAGGCCUCGCCUCUGGCCAUGCUGCGUGGCGCUACCAGGUGGAUGCUCUUGCGGGCACGGGUGUUCCCAAUGGUGAGGUGAGCACGGAGGUGAUGGCAGCAGAUGCAUACCCCGGACGUGAUGGCAGCAGAUGCACUGUUCCUAACCGAACAUGCAUGAUGCAUGUAGGCGGCAUGAUAGCAUGCAAGGUGGCAGCAGCGGCAUCGCAUCGAAUCAUCUCCCUUGCACUCAUCAGCGUCAGCGGAGGCGGCUUCGACCUGCUCCCCCGGGUAUGGUUGCCCCCCUCGCACACCCCCCAAACCCCUACUCACCCACCCACUCUAACGGUAUGGCGUACCCCCCCUUCUUCCUCCCACGAGUGUAGUCGCAAGGUGGCAGCAGUGGCAUCGCAUCGAAUCAUCUCUCUUGCACUUAUCAGAGUCAGUGGAGGCGGCUUCGACCUGCUCCCCCGUGCAGGGUCCUCCCUAUCGCCUACGGCAUGA